AUGGCUGGCCUCAUGGUUAUCCAGUUCUUAAUCUCGAUCGACCGGACCAUCAUCUCAACGGCCAUUCCGUACAUCACGCACGAGUUCGAGUCGACGCCGGACAUUGGCUGGUAUGGCUCAGCUUAUCUCCUCACGGCGUGUGCGUUCCAGCCCAUGUUUGGUCGGAUUUUCGUGCUCUUCUCGGUCAAGAAGGCGUACUUGGUGGCGCUCUUUAUGUUCGAAGCCGGCUCCCUGCUUUGCGGGAUUGCGCGCAAUUCGGUCACGUUGAUUAUCGGGCGAGCCAUUGCAGGAUUCGGUUCGGCGGGCCUAUUGACGGGGAGUUUCGUGGUGGUGGCCGAGGCCGUUCCCCUCCAGUCACGCCCCGUUUUCAUGGCUGUGGUUGGCACAAUGUUCGGCGUAGGGGCCACGACCGGGCCUCUCCUUGGCGGUGUCUUCACGGAUCUUGUGUCGUGGCGCUGGUGCUUCUACAUCAAUCUCCCGAUUGGGGGAGCAUCAGCGGCCGCAGUGAUCUUGUUUUUCCAUAGCAGGAAGAACGGGAAUGCGCGGGGCGGGUUUGUCCAGCGUUGCCUGGACUUGGACGUGGGCGGGAACGUCCUGCUCCUUGGGGCGUCCAUCGCGCUGUUUCUCGCGCUCGAGUUCACCACACAGGGAGCCGCCUGGUCCAGUGCCGAGAUCAUCGGCCUGCUGUCGGGCUGCGGCGUCCUCGCCGUUCUCUUCGUUGUGUGGCAAUGGCGGAGAGGGGAGGCGGCUCUGAUGCCUCCUCGGAUCCUCACGCAGCGCACCGUGGCAGCCUCGUGCGGGAUGGCCUUCAUGAUAUACGCGGCGCUGAUCAACCUGACCUUCUUCCUGCCCGUCUGGUUCCAGGCGAUCCGCGGCAUGAGCGCCGUGCAGUCGGGCAUCAACAUGAUCCCCUACUUCGUCGUCAACGCCGUGUUCACGGUGACGGCCGGGAUAUUCGUCUCGCGGAUCGGCUACGCGACCCCUCCGGCGGUGAUCGGGAGCGCCAUCGGCACGGCCGGCCUGGGACUGAUGACGCUGCUGAGCGUCGAUUCGACAGCGGCGCAAUGGGUGGGCUACCAGGUGCUGACGAGCGCCGGCUUCGGCAUCUCCAUCCAGCAGGGCUUCACCGCGGUGCAGACAGUGCUUCAGCAGGACGACAUGGCCAUCGGCACCGCAGCCGUGGUGGCCUCGCAAUCGCUCGGGGGCGCGGUGUACCUCUCGGUGGGGAACAGCGUCUUCCAGAACCAGCUGCUGCAGGCGACCAAGGCGCGAGCCCUGGACGACAUCGACAUCAAGGGGCUCAUCGACAGCGGGGCGGCCUCAUUCCGUCAGGUGGUGCCUGCUGAUAAGCUGCCGGCCAUGCUUGAGGUGUACAACAGGGCGCUGACGGUGGUGUUUACCUUGUCGAUUCCGGUUGGGGUGUUGUCGGUCAUCGCCGCCUGCUUCAUCGAGUGGAAGUCGGUCAAACGGAAGGAGGCGGGAAGAGCGGCCGGGGAGAAGGAGGAUGUGGAGGGUCCAAGCACGACGACUGGAGUAUGA